AUGUCCUCCCAAACUCACUCCUUAGGGCCCUCCAUCUUAGCCUCGGCUCCCUCUCUAGGCUCCGCAGCCGAGGACCACCUGCCCUCAGGCCCGGAGCAUCCACCACUCCCAGAGGCCAAUGCUGAAGCCAUCGACUUCCUCAGCUCCCUCCGGCAGGAGGAGCUGCAGAUGUUGUGCUUCUCGGAGACUUUGGCCACUGUCUCAGACACAGGGGAGCCUCAGGGAGAGCUGACCGUUGAUGUGCAGGAAGGGAAAUACAAAGACGAGCUCGGCGUCGUGUCAUACUGCCUCCUCGUGCACGCCUUCAGUCGUGGCUUUUUGGACAAAAUACUCUGUGGAAACUCCCUCCUGGGCUCUCUCUCAGAACACUUGGAGCUCAUGGAACAGCACAGUCAUGAGUUCAUCAAGUUUCUCAUCCUCCCCAUGAAGCGGACGAUGAGUUUGAUGAAGCAGGAUGACCAGCUGGCCAUAACCAGAAGUAUCAAGGAGGGUGAGGAAAUCAAGACUGGUGUGACUUUCUUCCCCUGGUACUCAACUGAGGGCUUCAUAUCUGAGGCUGCCAACCUGGUGCUGCUGAGGGUGAUGGCCCGGCGGCGAAUGGUGCCCCACAAUGCCCGCUUCCUGGCCUUAGACACCGAGGGCAAACUCUGCUAUUCCACCUACCAAGCCCUGGGCUUCCAGACGAUCCAGGUGGGCCACCAGCAGGUGGAAGUGUUCAUCGUGGAGCAGACUGUACACUCAGAGGAGGGGAUCCCCAUGUCCUGCCAGUACUACCUGCUCUCUGAUGGGCACCUGGCCAAGAGAGUCCAGGUGGGCUCCCCGGGGUGCUGUGUCAUCACCAAGAUGCCCAUCUUGAGGGAGGAAGAUGAGCCUGAGCUUCGUCCAGUGUUUGAGAAGAUGCCCCUGGUAUGGGAGGAGGAUAUGCAACUCUACUCAAAGUUCCUGGGCCGGAAGGAGGAGCUCCGGCUCCGCCACGCCAGCUACCUGCGGCAGCACCCCGAGGCCCAAGCGCUGGUCUCCGACUUCCUGCUCUUCCUGCUGCUGCGCCGGCCGGACGAC